AUGGGAAUACCCAUUGUAGGGCAGAGCCUGAGUCUUCUUCAAGCCAUGAGAGCAAACAAAGGUGAACAAUGGAUCCAAGAAAGAAUAAAAAAAUAUGGACCCAUUUCAAAACUCAACGUCUUUGGAACACCAACAGUUCUUCUCCAUGGACAAGCUGCAAACAAGUUCAUAUACACUUGUGACAGCAACAUCCUUGCUAAUAAGCAACCGGAAUCGAUCAAGAGGAUAUGUGGAGAGAGAAAUUUACUGGAGUUGAGCGGCGAAGAUCACCGGCGCGUGAGGGGAGCCCUUGUGUCGUUCUUAAAGCCCGAGGUGUUGAAGCAGUAUGUGGGGAAGAUGGAUGAAGAAACAAGAAUGCACCUUCAGAUGCACUGGCAUGGGAAACACCAGGUUCAGGUGGAGCCUCUCAUGAAGACCCUGACCUUCAACAUAAUUUGCUCACUCAUAUUCGGAAUAGAACGUGGGACAAGAAGAGAAGUACUUGUGCAGCUGUUCAAAAGUCUAAUUGAAGGAGUUUUGUCAGUACCCAUAAACUUGCCUUUCACUCGCUUCAACCACAGCCUCCAAUCAAGUGCAAAAGCCAAAGCCAUAAUAAUGGAUCUUAUACGUGAAAAGAGGGUAGCUUUGGAAGAACAAAGGACUUCCCCUCAGCAAGAUCUCAUCACCUGUUUGAUAAAAAUCCGCAAUGAAGAUGGUUCAGCUUUACUAUCUGAUGAGGAGAUUGUCCACAAUUGCAUCAUUGUCAUGAUUGCUGGACAUGACACAUCCUCCAUCCUCCUCACCUUCUUAGUCAAGCGCUUAGCUGAGGACCCAUCUGUUCUUGCUGCUGUUGUUCAUGAACAAGAGGAAAUUGCUCAUAGCAAGAGUAAUGAGGAGCUGCUCACUUGGGAUAACCUUUCCAAGAUGAAGUACACAUGGAGAGUAGCAAUGGAGACUCUAAGGAUGACCCCUCCUGUGUUUUGUUCCUUCAGGACAGCUGUCAAAGAUUUUGAAUAUGGAGGAUAUCUAAUUCCCAAAGGAUGGCAAAUUAUUUGGGCUGCCUGCAUGACACAUAUGGAUGAGACCAUCUUCCCAGAUCCAUCAAAGUUUGAUCCAACACGCUUUGAACAGCAAAAACUAACCCCUUACGGUUUAGUGGCAUUCGGAGGAGGACCAAGGAUGUGUCCUGGUAAUGAGUUUACAAGAAUUGAAACUCUAACAAUGAUUCAUCACUUGGUGACCUUAUUCACUUGGAAGCUCUCUUCCAAAGACAACCCUUUCAGCAGAGAUCCAUUGCCAGUCUUCAAAGAAGGACUACCGAUCCAAAUUGAGCCAAAAAAAUAGCAUAAUGCAAUGAAAUACUAUGCAAGCUCAAUUGGCAUUAACAGAGAAUAAUGAAAUCUUACAGAUCAGUGUGUCCAUGGAUCAGUCUACUGGUGGGAACAGUUCUGAUAUGACAGUGAGAAAAUCUGCACAACAAAAGGUGAAAAAAGGAUGGCAUCUACAAUUCAACACAGAAUGUUGUCAUCCACAAAACAACAUCAAACAGACUAUAUUGUGUGUGUUUGUGUGUGUGUGUGUGUGUGUGUGUU